GGGGCGCUCUAUGAAUUGCACGUUCAUCUGAAGCCGGUCCGCUAUUGAAUGCAGAACAGCAUAUUCGACGCACAAAACGUGUGCGUGGAUUUGCUCACUGGAUGUCCCGUUAUUGUAGUGCGCCCUCUAUCGCUGCAUCAGCGCUAACCCCUCCACACAACAUCGUGACGACGAAUUGCGUGCCGUCGAACGCAUAUUACCGCAGAACUGCGGACACGUCGCGCGCCAAAUGCACAGCAUGCUUGAGAUUUUGCACGACGAGCCCACAUGCUCCUCAGACAGCCAUCAUGAACACCAGGACAACUCAAACUCAUGGACCAAGAACUAGGUCUACCUCAAGAACUGCAGGUACAAAAAGAAGGGAUUUUGAAAAAUAUCUGGGGAGGGAUCAAGAUCAGGAGGGAUUUGAGGCAAAAUUCAUCAGCGAAGAAAUCGGAUUUGGGGUGUUUACUACCAGGAGUUUUGACAAAGGGGACUUUCUCUUGGAAUACAAAGGGGAGGUAAUGUCAGAAAAAGAAGCCAGCAGCAGACACUAUACCUCACGGCAUAGCUACCAGUACUUUUUUCGCUGGAAUGGAAAAUCAAUGUGUAUUGAUGCAACUACAAACUCCAGUCUUGCCCGUCUUGUUAAUGAUGCUCAGCAACGUCACAAGGCAUGCAAUGUAAAAAUUACAAAAAUAGACGUUGGUCCAACAGUUCACCUUUGCUUGUUUGCCCUGAGAGACAUAAAACAGGGAGAGGAAUUAAGGUACGAUUAUCAAGUGAAGGGACUUUGGUGGAGAACAGCCUCACAACAGAAGCAACCAAGUGUGUCUCAAGCCACCACCAAAGAACAAGCUAAGGUCAGUUGUUCCACUGAAAUCAGUGGAGGUCAGCCAGCCAUUUGGACUGCAGACAGUGAAGCUGCAAGUUGUAGUCAACCAGUCAGUGAAGUUGCAUCAAGUCGUGAUCAACCAGUCAGUGAAGUUGCAUCAAGUCGUGAUGAACCAGUCAGUGAAGUUGUAUCAAGUCGUGAUCAACCAGUCAGUGAAGUUGCAGCAAGUUCUGAUCAACCAGUCAGUGAAGUUGCAUCAAGUCGUGAUCAACCAGUCAAUGAAGUUGCAGCAAGUUGUGAACCAGUCAGUGAAGUUGCAGCAAGUUGUGAUGAACCAGUCACUGAUAAAGUUGCAGCAAGUUGUGAUGAACCAGUCAGUGAAGUUGCAGCAAGUCGUGAUCAACCAGUCAGUAAAGUUGCAGCAAGUUGUAAUGAACCAGUCAGUGAAGUUGCAGCAAGUCGUGAUCAACCAGUCAGUGAAGUUGCAGCAAGUUGUGAACCAGUCAGUGAAGUUGCAUCAAGUCGUGAUCAACCAGUCAGUGAAGUUGCAUCAAGUCGUGAUCAACCAGUCAGUGAAGUUGCAGCAAGUUGUGAACCAGUCAGUGAAGUUGCAGCAAGUUGUGAUGAACCAGUCACUGAUAAAGUUGCAGCAAGUUGUGAACCAGUCAGUGCAGUUGCAGCAAGUUGUGAUGAACCAGUCAGUGAAGUUGCAGAGAGUGUUGGCCAAUAA